UUGCCCUCACAAGACCUGCAGCAGGACUUUCAUCAAGUUAAUUAAUCAAAAGGCAUAUCAUUUAGCAGUUUGAGGGAACACUGAACUGCACACACUGCUUAAUACUAAAUGAAUAUCCUGUUGCAGUCGUAAUUGGGGACAAACAGACUCACAAUGAGUAGGAGCUGACUGCAAGUUGGGUGGCGGUGUUCAUUUCUCUAAGCUGGCUAUUGAAGGAAUAUGGUCUUUUCAUCAGUGACUGUGACAAAGCAAUGAAGCAGUAGAGAUGAUCCCUCUGUUGAUUUUGAUAAUGGCAGCAGUGGCUGAUGCGUGCACAGAUAACUGUUCGAACCCCUCCAGGGAUUACUGCUACACGGCUCGGAUCCGCAGCACCGUGUUGCAGGGCCUGCCCUUCGGAGGGGUCCCCACUGUGCUGGCGCUGGACUUCAUGUGCUUUCUGGUUUUGCUGUUUGUGUUUUCAAUUUUGCGAAAGGUUGCCUGGGAUUACGGGCGGCUUGCUUUGGUGACAGAUGCAGACAGACAGGGGCAGAGUCACAGACAUGUCAAAGAAGAACAGAAAUAUGUGGCGUCAGCAAUCCAUGCUGAAAUGCCCCAGAGUUAUGAGCGACUAACGUCGGUCUCCAGUUCGGUAGACUUUGACCAAAGAGACAAUGGAUUCUGUUCUUGGUUGACUGCUAUCUUCAGAAUAAAGGAUGAUGAGAUCCGAGAGAAAUGCGGGGGUGAUGCUGUGCAUUACCUUUCAUUCCAGCGACAUAUCAUUGGACUGCUGGUGGUUGUUGGGGUCCUGUCUGUGGGAAUUGUGUUGCCUGUGAACUUCUCAGGAGACUUGCUUGAAAAUAAUGCAUAUAGCUUUGGAAGAACAACUAUAGCAAAUUUAAAUUCUGGGAAUAACUUGCUGUGGUUGCACACUUCCUUUGCAUUUCUUUACCUGUUACUGACAGUAUACAGUAUGAGGCGGCAUACCUCCAGAAUGCACUACAAGGAAGAUGACUUGGUAAAACGUACUUUAUUUAUAAAUGGAAUUUCUAAAUAUGCUGAAGAGGAGAAAAUAAAGUUACAUUUUGAGCAUGCGUAUGAGAACUGCAAAGUGCUGGAGGCACGCCUCUGUUACAAUGUGGCCAAACUCAUGUCCCUUGAUGGAGAUAGGAAAAAGGCAGAGCGUGGCAGAAAGUUCUAUGCUGACUUGUGUGAAAGAGAACACAUCAACACCAUGAUCAACCCCAAACCGUGUGGACAUCUGUGCUGCUGCAUCGUUAAGGGCUGUGAGAAGGAGGAGGCUGUCUGUUACUAUACAAACCUGGAGGCCAAGCUGAAGAAGGACUACCUGAAGGAGAAGGAGAAGGUGUGCGAGAAGCCUCUGGGGAUGGCCUUUGUCACUUUCCAAAAUGAGUCAAUGACUGCAAUUAUCCUGAAGGACUUUAAUGCCUGCAAGUGUCAGGGCUUUAAAUGCAGAGGAGAGCCUCAGUCCUCACCGUACAGUGAAAGCCUUCGUGUGCACGACUGGACAGUCAUCUAUGCCCCUGACCCUCAGAAUGUGUACUGGGAGAAUUUGUCACUCGGAGGGCUGUCUUGGUGGGUGCGCUGCUUGGUCAUCAACUGUGUUCUCUUCCUUCUACUGUUCUUCCUCACCACUCCUGCCAUCAUCAUCACCACUAUGGACAAGUUUAAUGUCACCAAGCCUGUUGAGUAUUUAAAUAACCCAAUUAUCACCCAGUUUUUCCCCACACUCCUGCUGUGGUCAUUCUCGGCUCUGCUUCCAACUAUUGUUUACUACUCUGCCUUCUUUGAAGCCCAUUGGACAAGAUCUGGAGAGAACAGAACAACCAUGCAUAAAUGUUACACCUUCCUCAUAUUUAUGGUCUUGCUACUGCCUUCUUUGGGACUCAGCAGUUUGGAGCUUUUCUUCCGCUGGCUGUUUGACAAGAAAUUCUUAGCAGAUGCUGCAGUCAGGUUUGAGUGCGUCUUUCUUCCUGACAACGGAGCUUUCUUUGUGAACUAUGUCAUUGCCUCUGCUUUCAUUGGUUGCGCUAUGGAGCUGCUGCGAAUCCCUGGACUGCUGCUGUACAUGAUCCGUCUGUGCCUGGCCAAAUCAGCAGCUGAGCGACGCAUUGUAAAAAGACGGCAAGCAUACGAGUUCCAGUUCGGGUCUGCUUAUGCCUGGAUGAUGUGUGUUUUUACCGUUGUCAUGACAUACAGCAUCACUUGCCCCAUUAUAGUCCCUUUCGGAUUGAUGUAUAUGCUACUGAAACACCUGGUGGACAGAUACAACAUGUAUUAUGCGUACUUACCUGCCAAGCUGGACAAGAAAAUCCACUCUGGAGCGGUUAACCAAGUGGUGGCAGCGCCAAUCCUCUGCCUCUUCUGGCUGCUGUUUUUCUCUACUGUUCGGACAGGAUUUCUGGCUUCAACAUCCAUGUUCACCUUUGUGGUGCUGAUCAUCACCAUUGUCAUCUGCCUUUCUCAUGUCUGCUUUGGGCACUUCAAAUACCUCAGUGCUCACAACUACAAGAUUGACACGCAGGAAGCCGAAGUGGACGGUGUUGAAAAUGGACACCCUCCUCGUUCUUCUCAGUCCCCACCAAAGUCUGCGAUGUACAUCGCCCAGGUUCUGCAGGAUCUCAGCUCGGACGAGGUGUCUCCAGCAGGCAGUGGUGACGAGGAGCUGAUCAAUCCGGACACCAGCCUCAACGAGGCAGACUUCCAGUCUGGAGAGGACAGUCUGAUCGCCAACGAGGUUCUAGCAAACCAAUAACUGGUAGACAAAACUAAGAACAGGAGGACCAAGGGCCGUACGGAUUUAUGUACAACACCAAACCAACAGCUCGUAAUUAGAUCCAGAGUCCAGGAAUCUUACAAAUACAGCCCUGUCUGUCUGCACUGAUAACUGCCCGUCUCGCACACACACCAGUUCCAAGCUGCCGUGCAACAGCAUAGCAGCCUGAAACAACUCCCUCUACAAUUUCUGUUUCUGAAGAGAUGGAUGGAAGGAGCUGCAACAGGAAUAUUGGAGUCCUUUUUCUAAAUAAAUGCUUGUUGAGUAGGGAAAAAAAAAAAGAGGCGUUAUAAUCCUAGGAAGAAAAAAAAAAUUGCGUUUCAUAAUUCUCUGACGAAAUUUCCCAGCAGGUGAUUGAGGUCUGCUGUAUAAUGCUAUACAUAUAUUAAUGUUGUUUACAAUACUUUUUAAAUUUUUUUUUGUAGAGAUAAGAAUUUUGCUUUUAUUUAUUUAAAUGCUAAUUAAUCACCUCUGUUCUCCUGUGGAAAGGAGGUUAAAAGUUUAAAGUAGGACUUGUAAGAGGUCUUUGCAACCUGGUAUUGCGCCUGAAAUUCUGCGAAUCGGAACAAUCGUGCUGCAUGCUCUUGCAUACGUACGUCCCAGGAGGAUCGAAUACGCUGCUUUGCGCUCCCUGUAGAAAGUGCUUUAUGACGAUGGUAUAAAAAUAGUAAAAGUUCUCCAGUGCUGUUUUUAUACUAUUACCAAAAAUGUAAGUCUGAAUACUGCUCUGCUUUAGUUGGAAAUUAUUUGAUCAACUCUAGCAGUAUUCUGGGCUUAUAUAAAAAGAUAAUUGUCUAUACAGUACCUGGGCCAGCCAUACUAUUUUAUUUUAUUAUUUUGGUUCAGAGAAACUAACACUGAAGCCAGUGAUGGUGCAACAGCAGUGACUGGCUAAAUGUGACUAGGCAUUGUAUUGCUGCUAGGACUAGACUGAACCAUACUUUAUACAGACAGUCUUAAAGUAGCACUUUAAUUUACUAAUCCAGACUAUAAACCAACACAGGCUGCUUUCCUCCUAAUCUAGAUACACUACUAAAAAGAAAAGGUUCCACAUACAUGAACUGUGAAUUAAGAUUCACGAAGCACACUUUAGGGUGGCUACCCAUCUCCCUUCUCUAGCUUCUUGACGAAAUCUUCACUCGUAAAGCAUGUGCACUAAAAUGUGGCAAGGGGACCUAUAUGAAAAAAAUACAUAUAUAGACAAUUUGAAAUGGUGUGCAAUGCUUAUCUGUUGUGAAAUAAAUAAAAACAAGAAGCAAGAGUUCUUUGCGCAUUGGUUUCAGAUAUAUAUUUUUUUUUAAUCAUAGUACUAGUACCACGUUAUUUUGUUUGCACUUUAUACUGUAUAAGACAGCUUGGAGAGUUUCCUUCUCUUAAUGGUCAUUACAGGUUCAAUAAAUAAGCAAUUUUAUAAUUGUGAGUGCACUGUACAUAUUACAUCUGCAGAGGAUAAAAUGGGAAUGAUAUAUCUUUACGUCAAUGAGUACGGAUUAAGCCAUUCGUGUCUUGAAAUUCAGUUUUUUAUAAGCUUCUGGUUGUGAAUAAUCGUGCAAUCCUAAAUUAAGCAAACAAAGCAAGUCUGAGACUAAUUGUAUACUUAAUUAUUUGAAAUGCAAAUCAAUAAAUUAAAUGUAUGAUCCCUAAUCCUUCGCUGAUGGGUCUUUUUCUUCAGUUUGGAGUGUAAAAAAAAAAAAAAAAAUGGUCUUCUUUUUUGUAUGGCACAUUGGUUCUCUAUUUAAAUUUUCAAUAACUGAUCACCUUGAGUCGGCUUCCAGUUUGUUGCUGUUUGUGAUGCUAAAUGUACUUCAGAAGGUGGUUAUGACAGUCAGAGGCACAACUGCUUUUAGAUUUGCCCAAUAUUAAGAUCUCUUUUUUGCCCAAAUUUACUAGAUCUCUUAUUCUUAAUGGGCAACUACUACAGACCAAAAUAUGAUUUGAAGUCUACAAGACCAGUGAAUACAACAUCAGGUUUUGAGGCAUUUUGUUGUUGUGAAAUGUUUUUUUUUUUUUUUUUUUUUUUGCAUGGUUGCCAGUGAAAACUACUGAAAAAAGCAGGUGGGGAUGAGUAGAAAAAAAAUCUGGGUUUCUGGCAGGAGUCGUGUUAUGAGGAGGUAUGGGUUUGACCUUCAAUAUCUUCUCAUUGCGUCUUCCUCCAAUCUUACGUUUCCAUAUCUGCAGGGUAUGAAUAAGGCAGCAUAGUGCUCUCUUUGGAAUGGAGGCUAACCCUGAAAACAUGAUGAUGAUGAUGAUGAUGUAAGCCAUUUUGAAAGAUUAGGUAGAGGUCACUGUUCACUAACUUGUUUAAUUUUGCUGAAAUUGAAUGUGGAAAUAUAAUCAGUGUUGUCUACAAGGUGCAGGCUAAUAAAAACUAGUACCUUAAACUAUGGGGCUGUAUAAGGUGGAGGCCUCCUGUAGAAAUAGUUUAUACUGCUGCAUUACUGGCAAAGCAGUGGCAAAACUGAAAACAUCAUAUGGGGGAUUUUACUAGUGGGUGGUAUAAUAUGGAGGCUAUUGUAAGUACCAAGGCUCAGGUAAUAGACGCAUGUUAAUCUCCAUGUGUGUUUUUUUUUCUUUUUUUUGUAAGUAUGUAACAUGCCCAAUGUGUGUUUCAUUCACACAUGUGCCCAUGUGGAAUUCCCUUUCUUGUUUAAUUUAUAGCGAAUAUUGGCUGUAAACUAACUUUAUAUUGAGCUAGUUUUAUGCCAUUAUAAAACUGUUAGUAUGUCUCUUUCCAAACUGAUUGAAAGCAUUUGGUACUGCUUAAACCUUUGACUUGUGUUGAGUAUUUCUUUUUGUAUAGUGCUUGAAUAUUGUGGCUCUUUUAUAGUAAACAUACACCGUAGCAUUAAAAUUGCUGGAUUACAACCAGUUAAGUCACUUACAUCUGUAAUUAGCUUGCACUAGAAUGCAGGCUGUUGUCAACCAGGUAAUACUGCUGUGAAAUAUGUUUCAAUAAAGUUACAUACUUUCACAUGUUGUUCUUACUCCCCAAAAAAACAACUAAAAGGUACUGUUUUUUUUAUCUAUCUAUCUUGAGGAUUUGCUGUCUCCUGUGUUCUUAGAAGUAUGCAACAUUAUCUCUUCUUUUUUCUCUCUGUUGAAUCUCCAGAAUCUCCAGCAGUAACCGGUAUUUGUUCACAUCACAUUGUAACUAGCAUCACAUUCCUAGUAGUGCAUAAAACAACCGGAAAUAAAACUAGAUAUUUGUGAUGUGAUAUUUAUGGCCAUCAAUAUACAUUCAUUUCAAAAUUGAUUACUUUCUGCUACUUGACAAAUAAUGUGUGUCUGGGUAUCAAAAGGGUUUAUGAGCCUGGUCCCAGGCUGUGCAAAUGUGAAAUCCUUCUUGUAUAUAGAUAGCCUUCCUUAACCACACUAUCACUGUAAAGUAAGGGUAGUGUGGUGUUAAUAAGUACAUAUGUACAGCUUCAUGUAAUUGUUUGUAGGGGGGUUGAGUUAACAUGUACAGAAUAUAGACACUAGUUCUUGUUUUUCUUUUAUUUAAAUUGUGUUAUUUCGUUUUGCUUAUUGGUAACUUGUUUUUGUCUGCAAUACAUUUUAUAAAAGUUAUAUUCUGUAUUUCACUUCAUUUGCACAGUUUCUGUGGGCUAUUUGUAUUUUUUUCAGAAGGCUGUGUCUGUAUGUUGAUACAUUUGUAAAUGUUUUCUGAUCCCUUGAACAACAAUAAACUUGGUAUUCAUCCUUA